UCCGCUGCACGGAUGUGACGUCACGCUGUCAACAUGUAAGAUGGCGACCCAUCACAGGCAGAACGCAGCGGGGCGGAGGAAAGUGCAGGUUUCUUAUGUGAUCAGAGAUGAAGUGGAGAAGUACAACCGCAAUGGAGUCAAUGCGCUGCAACUGGACCCUGCCCUUAACCGGCUCUUCACAGCGGGUCGAGACUCCAUCAUUAGGAUAUGGAGUGUCAACCAGCACAAGCAGGACCCAUACAUAGCAUCAAUGGAACAUCACACAGAUUGGGUCAAUGACAUUGUCCUCUGCUGCAAUGGAAAGACAUUGAUAUCUGCUUCUUCAGACACCACAGUGAAAGUCUGGAAUGCACAUAAGGGAUUUUGUAUGUCGACAUUGCGAACACACAAGGAUUACGUUAAAGCCUUAGCAUAUGCUAAAGACAAAGAGCUGGUAGCCUCCGCAGGUCUGGACAGACAGAUCUUCUUGUGGGAUGUGAACACGCUGACUGCACUGACUGCCUCCAAUAAUACAGUCACUACAUCCUCUCUCAGUGGGAACAAAGAUUCAAUCUACAGUCUUGCUAUGAAUCAGAUGGGGACAGUAAUAGUCUCAGGAUCCACUGAAAAGGUUUUAAGGGUGUGGGACCCACGUACUUGUGCCAAGCUUAUGAAGCUGAAAGGACACACAGACAAUGUCAAAUCCUUGCUGCUCCACAGAGACGGUACCCAGUGUCUUUCAGGCAGUUCAGAUGGGACUAUUCGGCUGUGGUCGCUUGGGCAGCAGAGGUGCAUAGCCACGUAUCGUGUCCAUGAUGAAGGUGUGUGGGCUCUUCAGGUUAACGAAGCUUUUACACACGUCUAUUCUGGAGGCCGGGACCGUAAAAUUUACUGCACAGAUCUGCGCAAUCCAGACAUACGUGUUUUAAUUUGUGAAGAGAAGGCCCCCGUUCUCAAGAUGGAGCUGGACAGGUCAGCGGACCCACCGUCAGCCAUCUGGGUCUCCACUACAAAGUCCACCGUUAACAAAUGGUCUCUAAAGGGCAUCCACAAUUUCCGAACAUCUGGCGAUUACGACAAUGACUGCAGCACUCCUCUGACACCGCUGUGCACACAACCAGACCAAGUCAUUAAAGGUGGAGCCAGUAUAAUUCAGUGCCAUAUUUUGAAUGACAAGAGGCAUAUACUUACUAAAGACACUAACAACAACAUAGCAUACUGGGAUGUGCUGAAGGCAUGUAAAGUUGAGGAUUUGGGCAAGGUAGAGUUUGAUGAGGAGACCAAGAAGCGGUUUAAGAUGGUUUACGUGCCUAACUGGUUCUCAGUGGAUUUAAAAACUGGGAUGCUUACUAUUACUCUUGAUGAGAGUGACUGCUUUGCUGCCUGGGUCUCCGCCAAGGAUGCUGGGUUCACCAGCCCUGAUGGAUCAGACCCAAAGCUGAAUCUGGGUGGACUGCUGCUUCAAGCACUGCUGGAGUACUGGCCCAGGACACACAGCAGCCCAAUGGAUGAAGAAACGGAAAUGAACCAUGUGAAUGGAGAGCAUGAGAGCAGGAUACAGAAAGGAAACGGUUAUUUUCAAGUGCCACCGCACACUCCUGUCAUCUUUGGUGAAGCAGGUGGAAGGACACUGUUCAGGUUAUUGUGUCGAGACUCUGGAGGAGAGACUGAGUCUAUGCUGCUCAAUGAGACUGUACCUCAGUGGGUGAUAGACAUCACAGUGGAUAAAAACAUGCCCAAAUUCAACAAGAUCCCAUUCUACCUCCAGCCUCACUCUUCAUCUGGUGCCAAGACAUUAAAGAAGGACCGUCUCUCAGCUAGUGACAUGCUCCAGGUGAGGAAGGUGAUGGAACAUGUUUAUGAGAAAAUUAUUAACCUAGACAGCGAGUCCCAGACUGGCGGCUCAGCUGGAGAGAAACCCAGUGAGCAAAAGGAGGAGGAGGAUAUGGCUGUACUGGCAGAAGAGAAGAUCGAGCUGCUCUGCCAAGACCAGGUUCUGGAUCCCAACAUGGACCUGCGAACAGUAAAGCAUUUUAUUUGGAAGAGUGGUGGUGACCUAACACUUCACUACAGGCAGAAAUCCACGUGAGGCGGAACAAAUGAAUCGCCUACACACGUCUGUCUUUCCACGUUUCCCAUAGCGAACACCAUCAUGAACCUCAAAACUCAUGCACCCAGUGGUUCUGUGUGUAAAGUUUUAUGGAGUCACACAAAUAUACACCUGCACCACAGGUGACCCCUGACCCCAUCAGCUUCUCCACAGUCCAUGAAUCUCCUCAAAUUGGAGCUCGUUGGAUCAACCAGGGUUUGGAUGGUAGAAUGAGGAGAACUGUGGAUGAGGGCAUCUGCUGUGAAUGGCCAACUGACAAGACAUAGGAAGGGUGGUGUGAAUAUAUAUAUUUUUCAUAUUAUUAUUUAAUAUGCCAUUUGUUUCAUGUGUAAUUAAAGUUUUUAUUGACUUUUUUUGUGUCACACAGUCUUGGUACACACAGUGUUUGAGAGAAAACAUUUGUGAAGUGAGUGACAGACACUUUUUUUUCCCUCUCUUUUCUUUGCUCCCCUUGUACAUUCCAGAUGUGUUUGUUACCAAUAACAGCUUAAUCCUUCUUGUUGCAUGUUGGGAGAAAAGAAGGUAAAUCAAAACAAAUGGUUAAAGAUCUCUGCCUGGUUUAGAAUUUAAGUGUUUUGUUGAAUGUAAAGGAGUGCUGCUUUUACUAACUUCCAUGUCCUUCGGUUUGGAAGGAGACAGAUGCACUGAGAUUUUGGUGAAGCUUCUUAACUUGCCCCAAAAGGUAAUGCAUCUCUCUCACUAAUGCUGUGCUGUAUUCAUUAAUGCCACCAUUUUGUACAUAGAUUGUAAUUAUUUUGUAGGCAGUUUUACCUAAGUUGUUCCCUUGAUAAUCAGGGUGUUUUAUUUACUUUUUUAAGCAAUUCUGUUCUCUUCAAAAAGGUGCUUUUUCAUGUGAAAUAUGAUAUAUAUAACAAAACGGGUUGAACGGAUGGAUUCAGUAAUUAGUAAUAGUGAAGGCUCAGUUGAGAUUGGUAUUUCACUGAUGAUGCAGUCGCUGCUAACAGCCAACCCACCCACAAGAGGGCAGGAAAGAACUGUAACGGUUGCAGAGACAUUAAAAAGAAACAGAUAAGCA